AUGAACCCGACGAAUACAGUGUUCGAUGCGAAGCGUCUGAUCGGACGUCGUUUCGACGACAGGGCAGUGCAGGACGACAUGAAGCACUGGCCGUUCAAGGUGAUAAAUGCGGGAGGCAAGCCGAAGAUCGAGGUGGAGUACCGUGGUGAGACGAAGUGUUUCAGUGCGGAGGAGAUAUCAUCGAUGGUGCUGUUGAAGAUGAAGGAGACGGCGGAGGCGUAUUUGGGGAAGAAGGUGAGCGAUGCAGUGAUCACGGUGCCGGCGUACUUCAACGACAGUCAACGUCAGGCGACGAAGGAUGCGGGUACAAUAUCGGGAUUGAAUGUGCUGCGGAUAAUCAAUGAGCCGACGGCGGCGGCGAUUGCGUAUGGGUUGGACAAGAAGGUGGAGAGGGAGCGCAAUGUGCUCAUUUUCGACUUGGGUGGUGGCACCUUCGAUGUGUCCAUCCUGUCCAUAGAGGAUGGGAUAUUCGAGGUGAAGUCGACGGCUGGUGACACGCACCUGGGUGGUGAGGAUUUUGAUUCGCGAUUGGUGAAUCACUUUGUGGAGGAGUUCAAGCGGAAGCACAAGGGGAAGGAUUUGACGACGAAUAAGAGAGCAGUGCGGCGUCUGCGAACGGCGUGUGAGAGAGCGAAGAGGACGUUGAGUUCGAGUGCGCAGGCGAACAUAGAGAUAGACUCGUUGUUGGAGGGCAUCGACUUCUACACGUCGAUAACACGAGCUCGUUUUGAGGAGUUGUGUUCGGACCUGUUUCGUAGCACGCUGGAUCCGGUGGAGAAGGCGUUGCGCGACGCGAAGUUGGACAAGGGUGCUGUGCACGAGAUAGUGUUGGUGGGUGGAUCGACGCGUAUUCCGAAGGUGCAGAAGUUGUUGCAGGACUUCUUCAAUGGGCGUGAGUUGAACAAGUCGAUAAACCCGGACGAGGCGGUGGCGUACGGUGCGGCGGUGCAGGCGGCCAUUCUGACAGGUGACAAGUCGGAGGCAGUGCAGGAUUUGUUGUUGUUGGAUGUGGCGCCACUGUCGUUGGGUCUGGAGACGGCGGGUGGUGUGAUGACGGCGUUGAUAAAGCGGAAUACGACGAUUCCGACGAAGCAGACGCAGACGUUCACGACGUAUUCGGACAAUCAGCCGGGUGUGUUGAUCCAGGUGUACGAGGGUGAGCGUGCGAUGACGCGCGACAACAAUUUGUUGGGGAAGUUUGAGUUGUCGGGUAUCCCACCGGCGCCACGUGGUGUGCCUCAGAUAGAGGUGACAUUCGACAUAGACGCCAACGGCAUCCUGAAUGUGUCGGCGGUGGACAAGUCGACGGGUAAGCAGAACAAGAUAACCAUAACGAACGACAAGGGUCGUUUGUCGAAGGAGGAGAUAGAGCGGAUGGUGAACGACGCGGAGAAGUUCAAGCAGGAGGAUGAGAAGCAGAGAGAUCGGGUGGCGGCGAAGAAUGGAUUGGAGAGUUAUGCGUUCAGCAUGAAGUCGACGGUGGAGGAUGAGAAGGUGAAGGAGAAGAUAGGAGAGUCGGAUCGGAGGAGGAUAAUGGAGAAGUGUGAGGAGACGGUAAAGUGGUUGGAUGGCAAUCAGCAGGCGGAGAAGGAGGAGUACGAGCACAGACAGAAGGAGUUGGAGAGUGUGUGCAACCCCAUAAUCGCGAAGAUGUACCAGGAGGCAGGUGGUGUGGGUGGAAUGCCGGGUGGCAUGCCGGGAGGUGGAAUGCCGGGUGGCAUGCCAGGAGGUGGAAUGCCAGGCGGCAUGGCUGGUGGUAUGAGUGGUGAUGCAAGCUCUGGAGGCCGUGGUCCCACCAUUGAAGAGGUGGACUGA